AUGGAUUUAGAAAAUUUCCUUCUCGGGAUCCCUAUUGUGACACGAUAUUGGUUCCUCGCAUCCACAAUUAUACCGCUUCUCGGUAGAUUCGGAUUCAUCAAUGUACAAUGGAUGUUUCUACAAUGGGAUCUCGUAGUCAACAAGUUCCAGUUCUGGAGGCCUCUGACAGCGUUAAUAUAUUAUCCAGUCACACCGCAGACGGGAUUCCAUUGGCUGAUGAUGUGCUAUUUUCUUUACAACUAUUCAAAAGCAUUGGAAAGUGAAACAUAUCGCGGAAGAUCAGCGGAUUACCUUUUCAUGCUCAUUUUCAACUGGUUCUUCUGCUCGGGACUUUGCAUGGCUCUGGAUAUCUACUUCCUUCUCGAACCGAUGGUGAUCUCAGUACUUUACGUCUGGUGCCAAGUCAACAAGGACACAAUUGUAUCGUUCUGGUUUGGAAUGCGAUUCCCAGCUCGCUACCUUCCAUGGGUGCUCUGGGGCUUCAAUGCCGUUCUCCGUGGUGGUGGAACCAACGAACUUGUCGGAAUUCUGGUUGGACAUGCCUAUUUCUUUGUGGCUCUUAAAUAUCCAGACGAAUACGGCGUUGAUUUGAUCUCCACUCCUGAAUUUUUGCAUCGUUUGAUUCCUGACGAAGACGGAGGUAUUCACGGUCAAGAUGGAAACAUCAGAGGAGCACGACAGCAGCCACGUGGACACCAAUGGCCAGGAGGUGUUGGAGCUAGACUUGGAGGAAAUUAACAAUUGUGAUUCUCAUUCAGUUUGUGCUUAUAUUUAGUAAUUUAUUUCCUUUUUCCUUGUAUUGCCUUGCCCCUAAAAUAAUUAUUGGGAAACAUCCAAAUUACAUCAGUCACGAGUCAGUUUCAUUGUAUCACGCAUGUAAAUAAGAAGAUACGAAUAAAAAGUCA